UUGCCCUGCAGUCAGUCUGGUCUGCCUUCAGAGGAAAUACUGUCUGCAGGCUACUCUGUCAACACCAAGCGCAGCACCAGGCAGCCUGCCAGCUCACAGGCAUCAACUUUAUAACUAUGCCUGGCACCACAACAGGCAAGAAGCUGGAUCUCUCCAAGCUCACAGACGAGGAGGCCAAGCAUGUUUGGGAAGUCGUCCAGCGAGACUUUGACUUGAGGAAGAAGGAAGAGGACAGACUUGGGGAGCUAAAGACCAAGAUUGAAAAAGAAGACACCAAGAGAGAGCUGCUGGGCAACCAGACCAGCCUGACUGAGUCACACUGUAUUCGAUGUCUCCAGCCCUUCAAGUUCCUGGUCAACAGCAAGCGUCAGUGUCUGGACUGCCAGCUGUACAUAUGCAAGUCCUGCAGUCUUUACAACAAGAAGGAGCAGGGCUGGGUGUGCGAUCCCUGUCGCAUGACCAGGAUCCUCAAGAUUGGUACUUUGGAGUGGUACCAUGAAAAUGUCCGUGCCCGCUUUAAGCGCUUCGGCAGUGCCAAGGUGAUGAGAUCUCUUUUCAAGAGGUUGAGCGGAGAACCCAGUUGCUCCCAGAAUGACCUUGAAGAGCCUCAUGAAUACGAUACACAGAGCAUACCGGAGGUCCACGCAGAUGGGUAUGAGGAGAACAGUAUGGACACAACGGAUUCACAACACUACAAGGGGAUGAAAAAGGCCAAAAGGCGGCUAACUGUCGAUCCCUUUGAUUUUGAACCGGGCUUUGACAACUUCAUCAAUUCAAGAGGACGGCCAAACCAGGCCCCAGUCUCCCAUAACAUCAUGGACAUGGAUGUAGGUGAGAGGGAGUCAAUGCUUGCUGAGGCCGAUAUGGCCUCUGUUUUCCACCAGAUUUUGGAGGAGCAAUGCAAAGGUCUGCAUCUGGGAAUGGCUCCACAGCAAGAUAACCUUGCAUACCCAGACAACCAACCUACUCCAUCUCACUCCAUCUCCCAGCUCAGUUACUCCUCAUGUGGCAGUGGAAGUGCUUGGGGCCCCCGGGGCAGCAGCAGCUAUCUGCCCGGCCCCGAUGACUUAGAGGAAGAUGACCACUGCCAGCACUACCCUCUCUACCAGUCUCAUCUGGGCCACUGCAGCCACACCUCCCAGGAGAGCCUGAACUCACCAAAACCUUCGCCACAGAUCACUGACCUGAACAGACGCAUGUCAGCCAUUGAGACCCUCUUGAACCACUUAGAGCAGAAGGUCACCUCAACGUUUGACGAGACCAGUCAGGCUCCUCUGACUCCAAACAGCACCUCUCCUCUUCCUCAGUGGGAGGAAGUGGACUUAGAAGAGCAGCAACUGAGACAGAAGCUGCACGAAAUGACAGACAACAUCAGUGACCACGGCCUAACCUCUGAUGAGGACGAGCCCAGCAGACCACACUCCUCCCAAGAAAUCCCAGCAUGGAGGGGCCCACAGGGAGAUGCAAAGCCCACCAAAAUACCUACCAGGCCCUCAUCCAGAACAAGCAUUGUUCUCUGCAGACUUGAGGAGGAGCAACCUCGGCUGACUGACUCUCAGAAGUCAACAGAGAGCUUGGAAAGGAAGUUGCACCCUCUAGAGGAGGGAUCAAAGGCAAGCUUUAAAGGCUCAACAGCCUUACUGGUUGAGCUGGAGGACCAGGUAGCCCAGGCAGCUGCCAACGUCCAGAACGCCCAGAGUGAGGUCUCUUACAUAGAGAACAGGAUUGCUGCCCUGAAUGCUGCCGGCAUGCCAGUGGAUAAAAGAAGGUCUGCGAUCCCGAUCCAAGCAAGAAGACUUUCCCACAACUUUCCCACAAGCCAGGUGGACAGGUUUGUGAGGAACUCCCUCUACAGGGGCUCCCUGACUCAGAGGAACCCAGUGGCCAAGCCCAAGACCAGGGCUACCUGUGCGAAACCAGUAAUGACGCAGGGCUCAUGAGGAGGAGGCUGAGCAUUAUAUGACUGACGAGUUUUUCUGGUGACAACAUUUAUUACAGUUUGUCAUAAACUGCAAUUGGAAUGAAAGAGAUUCAGAGAUUGUCAGCUGGGAUGGGAGUGCUUGCAUUUAUAUUUAAAAUGUUUCUGUGUUAUUUUAUUGGGAUAGAUCCAUACCCUAUUGAUAUUAUAUGCUGGAGUGAUACAUGAUAUGCACUAACUUUGCUAGAUAUAAAUCUUAGUUUGCACUUAUGAUUUGCAUACAUUAACAUCCAAGUUAAUGCGUUCACCUUAAAGGGAAAGUUCUGUUUUUUUGAAGUGGGGUUGUAUAGGUCACUUAUCUAUUGACAGUAUAUUACAUACAGUAGAUGUCAAUCGGCACCCCCAGUUUAGAGAAGCAGGCUGGAGUCCAACAUGAAAGCUAAGCAAUGUACUGCUGUGGAGGAGUCAGAAACAAAACAUAUUUUAGCCGCCUAAAAAAAUCCCACCUAAUAAAAACAAUAUCAGUUUAAAUGUGCACUAUAUUUAGAAUAUCUUCCCUACUUUACUUUAAUGUCAGACGGUAACGGUAAUAUGAGGCCAUUAUAUCACUGUCUUCAAAGCCAGCCAAAACAGUCAUUUAACAUUGCUGAACACAGGAGCUGCUGGUCUACCGCUGUUUCAGUCAGUUAGCUAGUUUGUGCUAUUGUGUGACUUUGGUGUUUAGAGGGGUUAGUUCAGAUUCGCCAAAGUCAAACAAUAAGACAAAUUGACUGAUGCAGGCAGUGGUAGAUCAGAAGCUACCGAGUUCAGCGAGCUAAAAAUACUGUUUUUCUUGAUAGAGUCUGGUGGCUUUGAAAGUAUUUAAUUGAAGCCAUUGACAGCUUCCCCAUCAGAGCAGGCUGUCUGACAGAAAAGUAAAGCAGUAAAAACAUUCUCAAUAUAGCGUACACCUAAACGGAUAAUGAUUUUUUGAGGUGGGACUUUAUUUAAGGUGAUGUUAAGGUGACCCCCAUCCACAGCAGUACAUUGCAUAGCCUCCAUGUUGGACUCCAGUCUGCUUCUCCAAACUGGGCAUAUGCUAACUGAAAAAACACUGACUAUGGAUAAGUACCCCAUACAAGACCACUUCAAAAAAUCUGAACUCUCCCUUUAAUGUGCAAACACAUAUGCAUUUGCAGUUGUAAUCUGAAGUCCAUAGGUAUUUAUUCUAAUAUUCACAUGGUACAAAUGAAAACAUAAAACUAAAUGAAAUUGUUUCCAGAUUAAAGCAACAUGUUGAAUUAUGCUAUUUGUAGCCAUUCGGAAUACAGUGCAAUAAGAAACUACAAAUCUGUUUGAAAUACUUUUACAUUUAUUUUUCUUUUCUUAUUUUAAACAUUUUGUGAUGUUUUGUUAAUAUCUUCAGAAAUAGUUGUGAGGCUAAAUUAUCUGCAUCAUUUGAAUGAUAUCAUAGUUAGUACAGCAAGUUUCAUAAUGGCUAGUUAAAGUUAUAGUGAUGUAUAUGAAUCAAAUAAAUAUAGACAUCAAUGCACAUUCCUUGUGAAUACUAUGGCACAAUAUCAAAAUGGCAUUUAUGUUCAACUUUGAAUUGUGUAAUCUUUUCUUCUCUCUCAUAUUCAUGUCAUAAAAGCUUAAAUGAAAUUUUUUUUUAUUAUUGUCACCAGUGAUUUAAAUAGGAACUAUUUGAAAGUUACUGGUGCAGAUUACACAUUUAUAAAUGUUUAUGUUGUCAAUGAUAAAGGAAUAGCCAUAUUUUUGAUUUGAAGAUGGUUUAAUGAUUUCCAUUAGCUGUUUGCACAUACAAACGGAUGACAAACUAAAGAAAAAAACUAAAUUAAUGAAGAGCAGAGAAACACACAAAUGCAGGAGCUUCCAUGCAGGUUACAAAGAGUCACUAAAUGGCAGUGAUAUAAAUUGUAUGGCCUUUGCAGUCACAGGAUUUCCUGGAAUUAGUCACCCAUCUGUAGAUGUUUAACAUUGUAUUCUCUUUUAUUCUAUUUUCAGUUAAAGCCUCACUUUCAUUAUAUGUGUAAUUCUAAUUAUGCAGAUCGUUUGUCUCAU